AUGUUACUAUCCUCCCCCAGGCUAUUCUUUGCUCCUUUCACGGCGAAGUCAGUCGCUUUCCAGCUCCAGCCAGCUGCCCACAAAUUCAAAGGCCUUAUCUCUCGCUCCAGGUUUCACCCUGGGACGGUAUCCCUCUUCCCAAAGGUCAGCUACAGCUCCAGCUCUGUCGCCACCGAGAUGGAGACCGUCGACACCAGCUCCCAGCUCUCCGAGCUACGUAGGCUCAUGAGGGAGCGCAAGCUGGACAUAUACAUUGUUCCCUCCGAAGACAGCCACUCGUCCGAGUAUAUUGCACCCUGCGACGAGAGGAGAAAGUUCAUCUGUGGCUUCAGUGGCUCAGCAGGAUGUGCCGUCAUCACACACGACAAGGCCGCCCUGGCAACCGACGGUCGAUACUUCAACCAAGCGACGAAACAGCUGGACAACAACUGGACUCUCCUGAAGCAAGGCUUACAGGACGUGCCCACGUGGCAGGAGUGGUCUGCGGACCAGUCCUCCGACGGGAAGGUUGUCGGCGUAGACCCAACCUUGCUCACGAGUUCGACCGCUGAGAAGCUGGCCGAGAGUAUCAAGAAGAAGGGAGGCUUGGACCUUGCCGCCGUCACGGAGAACCUCGUGGAUAUCAUUUGGGCUGGUGCCAAGCCCUCGCGUCCGAAUGAGCCUGUCAAGUUGUUGCAUCAGAAGUAUGCUGGCAAAGACACCAAAACAAAGCUCGAGGAGCUGCGCAAAGAGCUCAAGAAGAAGAAUCUGGAGUGCUUCGUCGUGUCAAUGCUGGAUGAGAUUGCUUGGCUGUUCAACCUGCGCGGCAAUGACAUCCCAUAUAACCCCGUUUUCUUUUCCUAUGCCAUGGUUACGGCUGAUGAAGCCACACUGUAUAUCGACUCGGCCAAGCUCGACGGAGAGAGCCACGCAUACCUGGCCGAGUCCGGAGUCACAGUCAAGCCCUACGACAGCCUCUUCGACGACGCAAGGGCGCUAGGCAAGACGGUUUUAGCAAACGGUAACAGCACGGCCACUAAUGGUGACGAGGCAGCAGAAAGUAAGAAAUUUGCCAUCUCCACGAAAGGCUCAUGGGCGUUGAAGCUGGCAUUGGGGGGUGACGACGUUGUCGAAGAGAUUAGGAGUCCCGUCGGCGAUGCCAAGGCCGUGAAAAACGAGACGGAGUUGGAGGGCAUGCGGCAGUGCCACAUCAGAGACGGCGCUGCGCUGACUGCCUACUUUGCGUGGCUGGAAGACCAGUUGGUCAACAAGAAAGCCACGCUAGACGAGGUGACAGCGGCUGACAAGCUGGAGGAGCUUCGUUCAAAGCAGAAGGACUUUGUCGGAUUAUCAUUUCCCACGAUAUCCUCGACGGGGCCCAAUGCGGCGGUUAUACACUACCAACCCGAGAGAGGCAGCUGUUCGAUCAUCGACCCGAACGCUAUAUACUUGUGUGAUUCCGGAGCACAGUUUCUCGACGGCACAACGGACACGACUCGAACUCUGCAUUUCGGUACGCCGACGGAAAAGGAGCGCCAGACAAACACGCUAGUUCUCAAGGGAAACAUCGCCUUAGACAGAGCCAUAUUCCCUAAGGGUGUGACAGGUUUUGCUCUUGAUAGCCUGGCACGCCAAUUCCUCUGGAAAGAGGGUCUGGACUACCGCCACGGCACCGGCCACGGUGUAGGCUCUUAUUUGAACGUGCACGAAGGGCCUAUAGGUAUAGGAACUAGGAAGCAAUACUCCGAGGUCUUUAUGGCUGCUGGAAACGUGACGUCGAUCGAGCCAGGCUACUACGAAGACGGCAAGUUUGGGAUUCGCAUCGAGAACAUCGCCAUCGUGAAGGAGGUGAAGACGACAAAUCAAUUCGGGGACAGGCCGUUCCUUGGUUUCGAGCACGUGACAAUGACACCCUACUGCCGGAAUUUGAUCGACGUCAACCUCCUGACAGAAGAAGAGAAGCAGUGGCUGAACGACCACAAUAAGGAGAUAUACGAGAAAACCAAAGCCUUCUUCAAGGAUGACGAGCUUACGUUAGCCUGGCUGAAGAGAGAGACAGCACCGUUCUAG